AAAGGUGUUUCAGACCUGAAAUCGUUUUCUACAUUGUUCGUGUUUGUUUGAUUUAUUUAUUUAUUCAUUUGAUUGGUGUUUUAUGGCGUACUCAAGAAUAUUUCACUUAAAUGACAGCAGCCAGCAUUAUGGUGGGAAGAAACCGGGCACAGUCUGGGGGAAACCCACGACCAUCCGCAGGUUGCUGGAAGGCCUUCCCUCAUACAUGUUUGUUUGACAAAAAUUUCUUCUACAUGUAUAUGGGGCCUGAAACGAAUCGGGCUUUAAUAGAAAGGGUACAGUAUGAGUAUAAACAUUUUUAUGUCCGUACAUGUCGCUGGUAUAUCACGUAAUUAACUCCUCCUUCUUUACACAAGAAGUGACAUAUACAUGGCCGUACGUGAGAAGCUCUAUGUGAAUGGUCAUUGGUUCCCCGGGGCUCUGCCUGGUUUUCCUCACACCAUAAUGCAGGCUGCCGGUGUAUAAGUGAAAUAUUCUUGAGUACGGCAUAGAACACCAAUCAAAUAAAUAAAUACGUAUACCAAAUAUUUAAAUUAAGCCUUUUCUUUCCUUGUGCAGGUGUUAUCUGAUGAAGGCCAAUUUUGAAUUAACAAGUUGUUUCUGGAUUAAAGGGUUACGUGGACUCAUACACAUACUGUCUGGUGAACAGAUUAGCGCUUUUAAAGUCUGAAAUGGAUUGAAUUAGUGACUUAUACACAGUUUCCAUGGCAAUGGGGAAGUCCUUACCCGGGCUAAAAAAUGAGGAUGUUGACUUAAGGGCUACCAUGACACCAUGACGACAAUGGAAAAUCCUGAAGAUUUCUUAAAGACCAUAGAAGAUGAACUCACCAAAGGAUUAAAGGAAAAGCGCCACCCCAAACGUAGCCUGUCUACGAGCUCAUCCAAUCAGCAGUCAGAGGACUUGCGGAUAAAGUUUGAAUUUAAUGGAGAAAAGCGGCUAAUACACAUGCCUCGUCCGGUGACAUAUGUUGACCUGGUGAACAAAAUCAAACAAUAUUAUGGGCUGGAACUGAACAUAAUUUACACACAGCCCAAUGGAGAGAUCCGAAUACCAAUACAAAACCAGGGUGGCCUUGAAAACGCUAUUCAACUUUUGGACCAAAAUUAUCGGCUUUCGAGUUUACGACUGCUGCUGACGAAAGCAGUCGAAGAGCAAGAUGCCAUCACUGGGUCAUCGGGGAGCUUCUCCAGUGGAUCUCCGUCAGAUCUGCGGUAUGAUGCAGUGUCAUCAUGGCGAGGAGAGCGAGAUUCGCCACCCCCAGGAGUGCUACCCCAUGGGGCUUUCCACAGUCAGGGUACAUUCGCUGUUGAGGGAGACGGCAUUUUUAUUCCAGAGGAUCAUGCUGCUGAUCUAGGGUCAAGGUCAGGCAGUCAAACCUCAAUGGACAGUAGCUACCAAAGCCAGGAUAAUUCCUUUCCUUUACGAGGAGAUACCUACCCCAUGAGAGGCAAAUGUAACUCCAUACGAAGUAUUUAUUCAGAUUCCAACAUAGAAGCAUAUGGUGAACGGGGUAAGGGAGGAACAUACCCUGUUAGAGUGAAACAUAGCAGUCAUGCACAAGGUUGUAGGACAUUCCCGCGGACUCAGCGGCUUGACAUGACUAUGAUGUCAGUCCACAGUAACUACUCUUGUCCCCCGUAUCUAGAGAGUGAGCGCUCAAUCAGCACCAGUAGCAGUAGCAGCGGUCUUGCUGCGGAUUACGACUCGCCAGACGCACGCAUGAGACGCGGCACGGGCGACUUUAAGGCUUCAAAUAGCCUGAUGGGAUUACAGUCUGCUAAAUCACCCCGAGCCCCAAGCAACUGGAAGCGGGGUAAAGUAUUAGGGUCGGGAGCGUUUGGUCAGGUGUACCUGUGUUAUGACACGGACACGGGGCGGGAGCUGGCCGUCAAGCAGGUGUCGCUGUCCAACGAGAAUGAGGAGAUCUCAAAAGAAGUCCGGGCUUUGGAAUGUGAAAUCAAGUUGUUGAGGAAUUUACAGCACUCACGGAUUGUCCAGUAUUUUGGGUGUUACCAAGACGACAGCUUUCUUUGUAUAUUUAUGGAAUACAUGCCAGGGGGUUCAGUCAAAGAUGAACUUCGGAAUUACGGAGCGUUGACUGAGAACGUGACGAGGAAGUACACACGUCAGGUGUUGGAGGGGCUGGAGUACCUACACGACCACAUGAUUGUACAUAGAGAUAUUAAAGGUGCCAAUAUUUUAAAAGACCCGAGUGGUAAUGUGAAGCUGGGUGACUUUGGCGCAUCAAGGCGCCUGCAGGCGAUCUGCAGCCAAACACUCAUGCAGAUGUCCGUGAGUGGGACGCCAUAUUGGAUGUCGCCGGAGGUCAUCAACGGGGAAGGGUACGGCAGACGGGCGGACAUCUGGAGCCUUGGCUGCACAGUUGUGGAGAUGUUCACGACGACACCACCCUGGGGAGAUUUAGAGGCCAUGGCUGCCAUUUUUAAAAUUGCCACAAUGCCACAGCCUCGUUAUGAACUCCCAAGAAGCGCUAGUAACGCUGCAGUGGACUUUCUCAAAAAGACGUUCAUCAAAAUCCCUCAAGAUAGGCCUGGAGCGAAGGACCUGUUACGGCAUCCUUUCAUCAGUGACGUCUAAGACACCAUUCAGAUUUUGUGAACUUAAUUAUUACCAUGGUUACAUUUAUGUUGCAAAUGAUUCCUGGUGUAGAGGAUUAUGUGUGUGUUAAUGAAAUAUUACCCAUCUGCUUAAGCCUUUUUAUUAGGUGAAAGCUGAUUGGAUGGGAAAGGUUAGUGGAGGACUAUAUGUCUGCAAGCGUGUCAUUGGCCGAGACCAGGGCCACAGUGUGCUGUGUAGGGUGCAUCCUCAUUUAGCCAAUGAAAACUGUGCUGGGAGACUAUUGGUUGAUGGCAUAUAAUUGUUAGCCCAGUGGUGGAUUAUGUUUACAUACGAAUGAUAUAUUAGUGCUACAAACUCCUUAGCUGGCUCAACAACACAGGGGCUAGGCCGAGAUGCCUUCCACUUCCCACCCCCCAAAGGCUCCUUAAUAACAAAGCGCGAGCUGUCCCAAACGCUAUGAAAUCCUUCUGACAACUGAUAUACCAGUCAAUCACGAUUAACUUAGCAAGGAUGGAUUUGGAAUGCUAUGUUUUCUAUUUGAGGACGACAUUAUGCAGAAGAUAAUGUUUUUUCCAGCUGUGGAUUUACAAGUUCGUAAAAGCAGAAGAAAGCUUACAAGCUCGAUGUUGGAUACUAACUUUCCUCCAGAUGCUUUGUGGCCAGAAACAUUGAUCUUACCAUAAAAGAGGUUUAGAAAUACUGUUGUCUUCGUUUUUUUUUUUUUUUUUUUUCAAUUUUCUCAUUUCAUAAAUACAUGUAUGUCCAGUUCUUUUUCUGAUUAAGACUCCACAAAGCCAUCUUAAAUCAUGUUACAACAAAUUCUUUGUUCCAUCUCAAAAAGAAUUUGUUUGUACUCUGAAUAUGAGAAGAAAAGUGCCUUAUUGAAAGCUGGAUGUGACAAACAAGAUUGUACUGUAACAGAGAUAGAGUGUAUCAAAGGUCACAAGUGGGUUGUACUUAUAGUUGUGAAGCUGAGUUCAGGUAGAAUCUUUUGUGACGGAAUUAUAUAGGAAGCAGUUUUUACAAAGACAAUAAUUAGCAAUAAUUAGCAGUUGCCCUGCUGUUAUUUUGUAGAAAUUUGAGAUCUUUCUUAAAUCUUCUAAACUGCGAACUUUGGAAAGAAAAACAAGACUUUAGUGAUUUUCAAGUCCAAACCAGAUUGGGAGAGAGUUAAGUCUUUGUCACACUUUGAUGAAAUUUCACCAAGAUCAGUUGUCUGGUUUUUCCAUUUGUUGGGCAGUUUUCGGUUCCAUCAGUUUUGUAAAAUUAGGCAGUGCACGUGUUGCCACUGGUGUUUAUUAUCCUUGAAGAUCCUUGAAAAAGAGUUCGUUUUUUGAAAAGUCCUUGAAAAUAAUAGAUUUUUCAUUGUUAAAAUUAUAUUAUGUUUGAAUGGACCGAUAAAUAAAUGAAAGAUACUUAAAAAAUCAAGUAUGAAGUUUUAUACUUAAAUGGAACAGUCCUUGUUAAUGAUAGGAAACAUAGAACAUUAGGUCCUUGAAAAACAGUUUCUGUAAUACUGGUGGGAACACUGACAGAUAUGAAAAGAUAGCACAUGUCCAGCCAAUUUUCCUGGAAGGAUGUCAGAAUUGAAUUCUCCUGAACUCAUGGCAUUGGAAAGGCAGCAUUAGAUUUUGCUAGUACUACUUUACAGAUGUCCCUGUAGUAUGUUUUUGUCAAUUCGGUGAAAGGCAAUCCUGUUGAAUUUGCAGAAAAACACACACAAUCGCUGCAGGUGUUCUGACCUAUAAAUGUUCAUGUAACAGUGCUUUUUUUCUAAACUCUUUGUAUUUUUGUGCUUUUCUAAGCUAUAUUUAAGGUUUUCUAAUAUCUAUAUCUCUCAGGCCUCUACCCAAAUAUUUUGUGAUAAUAUAAUUAGAAUGUGAUAAAUUGCAAAUGUCCUUCAAGGGGUGGGCAGAAAGCCAUUGAUACAAGAAAGAUAUUUAGAGUGAGUUAAGAUUGUGGUACAAAUAAUAGUACGGAACUGUGGAUUGUGCAACUCUUGAUUGUGCAACUCUUGAUAGGAUUAUCCAGCUCUGAAUACAGUUGUGAAUAUUGAGGACAAUACCUGAAUAUUCAGUGUGCAAUGCUGGUUACAGUCACCUCUGGUUAGGAUCAUACAAUCCCGUAAGAAGUGUGCAACUCUGGUUAGGAUUGUACAAUCUCAGAAGUGUGUAACUCU